CUUCACACUGGCAGGAACUAUUUUCUCUCUCCCAGACAGACAACGCAGCCAUGGCAAUAAAAUUUUGUUGCUUUCCCAAGGACCCGCUUGAAGAGGCUGAGACUUGGGGAGAGUCUGUGGACAAACUCCUGGGUUGUAAACCCGGGCAGGCGGCUUUCCGAGAAUUCCUUAAAUCAGAGUAUAGUGAGGAGAAUAUUCUGUUUUGGCUGGCCUGUGAGGAGUACAAGAACAUCACGUCUCUUCCAGAGAUGAUCUCAUCUGCAAACAGGAUCUACUCAGAGUUUGUGGAAUGUGAAGCACCGAGACAGAUCAAUAUUGAUUGUGGGACCAGAGAAAAUAUCACCAAGAACAUCUCUCAGCCGAGCCUGACCUCUUUCGACACGGCACAGAAGUUGAUCUACAGUCUGAUGGCCAGGGAUUGUUACCCACGAUUCCUCAAGUCAGACGUCUACCAGGAUAUGCUGAGGGGAGCAAGGUGACUCUCUCAAACGACAAACAAUCUAAAAGUGUUUCUCAACCUUUUAUGUACCACAGAUUGGCAAGAUAUAUAUAGUCCCUCCAUCCAUGGAGGACCACUUAGAUUAAAGGGGUAGUUCACUUUUUGGAGGUGUUAUCUUAUUUUCAAUUGACCUAGGGUUUGUUACCUGGGAUGUAGUUUAGCGAUGUCCAGAAUAUCCUGGCUAGAACGUUUUAACCUUUUACGGCAGUGGGCUAAAUCAGGGUCACACGGAGUGACUCUUGGUGGUCUUAAACAAAUCUACUUUGAAACAAAAGUAUACGACACACACAUGGUUAUGGGCUUACAAAAAAUAAGACACAUGCAACAUGUCAGAUAUAGAGUUGAAAUGUAUUCAGUUUUGAGUUUGUAUCCCAAUAUUACAGUUUAUAUACAUCACAGAAGACUGAAAUAUAACAAAACUGAAAUACCAGAUUUUUUGUUGGGCUUUUUUAAUCAUCUUUAUUAAUGAUGAAAUGAUUAAAUAUAUGAAUAACAUUCCACCCAUGAGGCCAAAGAAAGAGCUUUUGGUCAUUGACUGCAGGAAAAGGCUACAUGUAGCAAUGCAAGUGGAAACGUAUUGUAUCAUAGUGAUGCAAAAUAGUGAACUAUCCCUUUAAUGUGUGGCAAUCCUUAAUUGAAAUAACAAAGUGGGAAACCUCACCUCUGUUUUGGUAAAAAGCUGAGAAAUGGGCCUGAAGAAAUGUAACAACAUUCACAACAUUGGAGUAAAAUAAGCUAAUAUUUGGGGUUCUGAUGGGUUUUGGCAGUUGAACUAUACUCGUGAGUUAUAUUUGUCAAGACUCAAUGGGUACAUAUCAUUAAUCUAUACCCCCACAAAUGGAUUUCGCAACUGCAGAUUGCCCCAUUAAAACUAGCACUUGAGAACAGACUAAAUGGCUGUCAGCUAACCGUCUAACCAGAAAUCAUCUAACUGGUCCAGAGGUUGAGAAACACUACUCUAAAACAUGAAGCAUAAACUGGUUGGUUCCAGCCCUGAAUGCUGAUUGUCUGACAGCUGUGGUAUAUCAGACCGUAUAGCACGGGUAUGAUAAAACAUUUAUUUUUACUGCUAUAAUUACGUAGGUAACCAGUUUAUAAUAGCAAUAAGGCACCUCGGGGGUUUGUGGUAUAUGGCCAAUAUACCACGGCUAUAAGCUGAUUUCAGAGAUAGCUUUUCUUAAACUUGUGACUACAUUUCAUGGGUUGAUUCCAUUCUCACUUAAAAUAGAAGAGGAAUUACUGUAUAUAUUAUAAUGUGUGAAAUGUUGUUGUAUUUCACUGUUAGAGACUAAAGUUGCUGUUAGAGACUAAAAGUUACCCCUUUUGACCAUAAAUUAAAUGACAAAAUAAGCUCUUAAUUUGUAUCAAUAGUAUUAUCACUUUUGUAAUUUUAUGUAAUCAGAUACUGUCUCAAAUUGAAACUGUCUCAAAAUUAUCUGAAUGAAUCAAGCAUUAUACUCAAAAUAAAAUAAA